GCGCAUUGGGACAUGGGGUACAGUGGGACAAGAGGAAUUUACGCUAAAAAUAGAAAGGAUUCCCCCUUAUGACAUCAUGUUGGUCAGGGGAAUUCCUUUCUGCUUCCUUUUUUGUCUUGAAGGGAUUGUUCAUGACACCAGGGCUGAAAGGUGAGUAAAAUUUAACUUUUUGGUAGCUUGGAGUAAAUUUUGAGCUUCGUGAUUAUUUUCAUACUGUUCAAGAGUCUGAGGGUCAUACUACCAUUUACUUGCCAUAGUUAAAUAUUAUCACAUCGGUAAUAUUUUGGUGGGUUGUUUGUAUAAUCUGAUUGCACAUGUUUGGUCAGUCGUUCAAAAUGGCGAUGCUAUGCUUUCGGGGCGCAAUGGGACACAACGAUAGGGGUGCUUUGGGACAGUGUCCCAAUGUGCCCCGGAAUAAUUUUGAUUGUGUUAUGAUAACAAUAGUACAGAAUGACUGCCAAACCUUCACUCUGACAUGUUUCUUCUGUCUAGAAUGGUUCGACACAGAAAAAAGAAGAAGCCUGAGCCUCCAUCAGAGGACGAGAUGAAAAGGGCCGUAUGUCUCAUCAUAGAUCACGACCAAAGCAUACGGCAAACUUCUAAAGAGACUGGCAUCCCUAAAUCAACUCUUGCACGCUAUGUUAGUAAAGCAAAAUCAUCUGGGAGAGAGAAUGUUCGUUUUUCUCCUUUCUAUGCCACGGCUCGAGUAUUCAGCGAUGCAGGAGAGGCCGAAUUAGAGGAUUACCUGUUGACCGCAUUCAAGCAUCAUCAUGGAUUGACAACCAAAGCAUGCAGAGACCUUGCCUUCCAAUACGUCGUAAAAAAUAACAAGGCUACACCAGUGUCCUGGGAGACAAACCGACAAGCAGGUCCGUGGGGGAGCUGUGAGCACAGCAGCUGUGGGUUUGGCGGCAUGCGGUCCCGCACUGUCUGGUGCUCCCACAGAUCAGGCUGGACAACACUCUUCAGUCAUUGCCACUACCUGCCUAUCCCACCCGACUCUCAGAGCUGCUUCAAGGUGUGUGAUGGGCACCGGGACCAGGUGACGUGGGUGCCCUCUCAGUGGACGAAGUGUCAGAGGGCCAAUGGGGAAGGCCAGUGUGUGAGGCUGGGGGGUACCCAGAGUAGACAGGUGCCCUGUGUUCAUGUGGAGAGUCAAAGUGUUCUGGACGAUGAGAUCUGUCUGUACUUCCAGCCUAAGCCACCUGAGGAGAGGACCUGUGAGCUACGCUGUCCUCAGGACUGUGUGCUCUCUCCUUUCUCCACCUGGAGCCUGUGCGACGAAUGUUUUCACCUGUACAGCAGGCGCAUGCGACGUGUCCUUGUCGCACCAGUCAAUGGCGGCAAACCAUGCCCACCACUGGUCGAGUCCCGACCAUGCGAGAACUGCACUGACACCUAUCGCUUCAAUGUGGGCAAAUGGAGCCCAUGUGAAAGAACAUUCCAAUUUAAAAACCCCAAAAAGAAAGAACGCUCCCAUCUUUUAAUAGGUUAUCAAAAUAGAGAUAUAUUGUGUGUGAAUAGUGUGGGGAAGACCGUUGGUCACAGGUACUGUUUGGAUAGUCUCCAUCUGCCAGGUCUGCGUAACAUGCAGGCUUGCCCCUUACCUCAAGACUGCCUGGUCUCGGAUUGGAUGGAGUGGCGUUCAAUGAACAGCAGCUGUCUGGCAGAAGGUGGAACAAUCAUUCCAGGGUAUAUGUCACGAAUUCGCAGGGUUCGUCAGAUGCCAAGAGGCAUCGGUAAACCUUGUCCGCCUCUAACUGAUACAUUCCAAGUCAUUGGAGCAGCUUCCACCUUGUCCAGUUGUCCCAGGUACAAAUGGGUGACAUCUGACUGGUCAGAGUGUGAAAUGUUGUAUCAAAGUUUAAAACGUGCAGAACAGUGUGGGCCAGGGAUUCAUAUCAGGGUAGCCUACUGUGUUAGAUUUCAAGAUGGAAAGCAGGUUGUGGUUGAUUCCAGCCAUUGUGAGACCUCUCAACCAGUGGUCUCUCGCCAGUGUCACAUUCCCUGCACACAGAACUGUACAGUCUCUCAUUGGUCAGACUGGACUGAAUGUGCUCCUGAUGUCUGCCCAUCGUCUCAGAGAAAAGCAAGUUACAGAUUCCGCUACAGGAGAGUUCUCCAGCCCCAGGGUGGGUUCGGUUUGCCCUGCCCUUACCUGUCUGAGAGUCAGCCCUGCACCCCUGAGGCGUGCUUCACCUGGAAUAUUACUGAAGUUGGACCUUGUAUCCCUUGGGGAGGGAGCAGGCCUUGUGGGAGAGGCACUCAGAAGAUCUCUGUCACCUGCCAAGAUAAAUGGGGGGAGACAGUUCAUGAUGACCAAUGCCUUAUCUACACCCGGGUGCACAAACAGUCCUCAUCCACAGCUUGUUACCACCCUUGUCCCGAGGACUGUAUUGUGUCUGAUUGGACAGUCUGGUCACCAUGCCCACACAAAUGUGAUAAGAAAGGGUCACCAGCAGUCAGACGCAGAACACGGGUCAUUUAUGCCAAGGCUGACAAAGGUGGUAAGGCCUGUCCACGUGAGGAUGAACUGAGUGAGGUGGAGAUCUGCCCCCUUCCCUCUUCCUGCCACACCUACAUCUGGCAGACCUCUGACUGGGGCAGCUGCGUCAUCACCAAGCGCAGCGUCACCUGUGGGACAGGCAUGCGGAGCCGCUCUGUGCAGUGUUACCGUGUUAAUGGUGCAGUCAUGCCAGAUGGAAGUUUUGGAGGUCUCAUCUGGGUUCCCUCUUCCGAUGCCAUGGAAAGAUUUGAUGUCAGAUGUUCUCCUGAUGCCAAACCUUCUGAGAGCGAGCAAUGCUCUGUGCCAUGUCCUGUAGACUGUGACAUUACUGAUUGGUCAGAUUGGUCUGCAUGCAGCGCCACCUGCCAGGAAGUUGGAUCCUCGGGGUUUUCAAUGCCCAGCCAGAUGCGGCAGAGGUAUGUGAUCGAGGAGGCCAGUGGAGGAGGUAUCCCCUGCCCCACCAGACUUGUGGAGACACGCUUGUGUGGACCCCUUCCCUUCUGUACUUAUUACUACUGGGCAGUGUCAGAGUGGAGUCAGUGUGUUCUCCCUCCAUACUACAUCUAUUGUGGCCAAGGACUAAAAGCCAGAUCUGUGUCCUGUCGGGAUGAGGGUGGUAAUAAGACAUACCCAGACUUUUGCCUGCGGUCAGUCGGCCCCAUGCCAGCGGCUACAGAAACAUGCUUCGUGAUGUGUGACCAGGACUGCAAACUUUCUGGCUGGUCAGCAUUUGGUCAGUGCGUCAAUGGUUGCAAUGGAUUUAGAAUUCGCACCAGGAAUUUAGUGGAUGACAGCAAGUUGAAAGAAGUAUGCCGUAACCAAAUGAAAUACCCACUGGUAGAGAAGGAAGUUUGCCAUUGUUCUGAGUUCAAGCCCAUUCAGGUUGGAGACUGGUCACCCUGUAUUCUGGAGGAUACUGCGUCAGACCAGGUUCUAGGGGUCACCAGUGCACCAGGCGAGAAGAAAUACAAACCAUAUGUCAGCGAAGAAAAGUCAAAUGAGAUUGCUGCAGACGAUUUCCUGAAGGAUCUGUCAAGGUUUGAAAUCACGACUGCCGGUCCCACGGACAUGAACGUUCUUGAAACAGAGCCUGUGAGGGAGUUGGACUGGGAGAAGCGGGUCACUGGGAGUCCUGAUGCAACUGCCCUAGGGGAUGUGCCGGGUCGCCCUGUUGUGUCCCGCAGAAGACUCUGUGGAAUGGGCACCAAGUACCGUCUCUACAUCUGUCAGUCACAGAUACAACCAGGAGUGAUUGAACCUGCCCACAACUGCUCUUCUCGAGUGUACAGUGAGGAGGUGUGCAUCGUGCCAUGUCCUGAGGACUGUGAGAUGACAGACUGGACCCCGUGGACACCCUGCAGUGUGUCCUGUGGCUAUGGGAUACAGACCCGCGAGAGACGUAUACUGAAGGCAGCACAAGCUGGUGGCCAGGCUUGCCCUCAUCUGGAGAAUGGAAGAGAAGUGGAGAACCAGACUUGUCACUCUAUCUGCAGUACUAACACCUGGCGGACUGCCAACUGGAGCCAGUGCUUUGCCCAGGGCAGUACAGGCUUGAACAAGGAGAUCCUCUGUGGGCUAGGCGUCAGGACUAGGCUUGUUGAAUGUGUGAAGAAGGCAGACUUCCACGGCUCACAGAAGGAUUCAGAGUUCUUCUGUCGCUCAGAGCCACGCCCUAUUGGCCGUCAGAUCUGUGAAAUGCCCUGUCCAGGGCAGUGUGUGGUCAGUGAUUGGUCAAGCUGGUCAGAAUGCCCACGGCCAUGUUCUCAGUCUGACUUCCGUAAACGCAACAGACAAGUGUUAAGGACUCCUGCCGAUGAGAAAGAUGUGUGCCCGGUUCUGAGCGAGGAAGAACCCUGUAUGCAGGGGCACAAUUGCUUUGAGUUCAGCUGGCAGGUAUCACCGUGGAGCUCUUGUAUACUGGAGGACAGAAAUAAUGACUGUGGAAUAGGCUGGAAGAGGAGGUUUGCUUUGUGCAGGAUGAGUAACGGAACAAGGGUGGAGAGUAUUAAAUGUGAAAAGUUGUAUGGCCCUAUGAUUGUGAAGGAUGUGGAGGCAUGUAAUAAGACCUGUCAUGUGAACUGUGCUGUGUCAGAGUGGUCUCCCUGGAGUGGCUGUAGUCAGACAUGUGGGCAGGGUACAUUCACCCGAAAACGGUCUGUGCUCUUUCCACCAGUAGGCAGAGGGCGCCAAUGCCCUGAGGCAGUGGAACAGAGUAAGCCGUGUUUUGUGAGAUCCUGUUACAGCAUUGUUCUCUCAGAAUGGACGAAAUGUCAGCUGAAGAAAGGAGCAUGCGGCCAUGGGAUAGAGAACAGGACAGUUUCUUGUGUGUCUAAGGAAGGAUUAGCUGUGGACAUUGAACACUGUGCAGACCAGGCCAUUAACCUGUCCACUAUCCAGACAAAGAGACCCUGCUCCAUCCCUUGCCCUGGGGAGUGUCAGAUAUUGGAGUGGUCAGAUUGGAGCCAGUGUUACAUUGGAUGCGAGGACUUCCAUCAAGGUGACAGGGCAGGUAUCCAGUCACGCUCCAGGGUGGUACUGAUCCCACUCAAGUCCACCCAUUUGUCCUGUCCAUCAGCAUGGGAAUACCGUGGCUGUAUGGCAGAUCAGUGCUUCUCCUUCUUCUGGAGGACAUCUGAUUGGUCAAAUGGUUAUAGGGAGGUCUGGUGUUCUCGUAACGAUGGUCUCAAUGUAACAGGUGGUUGCGAUGAGGAUCUGCGCCCCUCAGAGAUUCUGAGCUGUCUACCCCUGUGCUCUGCUAACCACUCGUUCUGUGUGGACACCAACCUGUGUGGCUGUCACCGACCGUACUCAGCCAUCUAUGAUAACAAGCCCAUCCCUACCCUGCUGGAGUGCGUCAUGGCUGGGGUGAAUGGGACCAACCCGUCAGCAGCACCAGCCCUCUACUAUCCAUUGGAUGGACCCACAAACUUCUGGAUGUACGCAGUGCUGGCAGCUGGGACCUUAUUCAUCGUGUUUGUCAUCGUUGCCCUGUACACCAUCUGGCACCGAGAACGAAAACAAAAAGCAAACAAUGAACCUUCAGUGGUGUCCACAUCAGGUCCUUCUAAGUCUGCGAAGAUGGGAAAAUCCCAGGGGCACAAGAGCUUAGAGGUAAAUGACAAGAGCCUGGGGGAGAAGGGUAACAGUUUAGGUGUGAUUGACUCACGCACCUGCUCUAGGGAGACAUCUGUGUGUGAGGAAGCUGUAGAACCUGUGGAACAGAACCCCACCUACACGAGCAUAGAUACUGGGAACAGCCGUACAGGGGAGGUGAUUCCAUUGCUCAAUAAGGCGGACUCCGAUCCACAGUCAUGUGACAGUGUGACAAGAACAGGUGAUCCAGGUCAUGAUGCUACUGCUGCUGAAGAAGCUAACGAAAGAACUUCUUUGAUGGCAGUUAAUGUCAAGGACACUCAGCCUGACCCUGGUGAAAAAAUUCAGGUGAUAAAAGCUGAUAUACAUGCUGAAUCUGAUAGUGACAAACCAGCUAGCCAUGUGUUCAGACCACCAGGUUCUGGUUUAGGUAAGCAACUAAGGACAGGAAAGAAUUCUGUAGACAGUUCACCUCCAGACAAAACUGGUCAGAAAACCAUUAAACCAGCAGGCAAAAACAGUGCAGUCUCUCCUUCAGGUAAAAGUGAGGAUAAGGUUCACUUUAUAGAAGUGGACAAAAAUAAGUCACCUACAGGUAAUAAGAUGAACUUUGAAACAUUGCCAAUGAAAAGUUUACUGAAGAAAGAGAUGUUGCCAAGUGGAAAGACUUCAGAGAAAGUCACUUUCCCAACAAACAGGACAUUGGAAAAUGUGGCUAAGCCAAUGAAAGGGAAUACUGUCAGUGGAGCUCUGCCGGCAAAUAGCACUUGUGUGAUGGGAAAGAGUUCGCCAAGCAAUGGGAGCGUUGGCAAAGUGAACUCUCCCCCAGUGAAAGGGAGCACAUAUCAAAGAAUCUCCACCGACUUAGCACCAGCCCCAGAGACAAUACGGGCUAAUAAGCCAGUGGGCCCUGUGUCUGAUACUGCUCUUAAAUCUAAACCAGUCCCCAAACCCGCUAUAUUGUCUAAAUCAGCGGUAUACUCAGGACCUGGCUCUGCGCCCAAACAGAAUGGUGGCCGGUCUGAGAAUGGUCACUCGUUAGCGACUACAUGUGUUAGGCCUCUGCCAGGGACUGGUCAAGAUGGGGGAGGGAAUACAGAGGAGGGAAAGAGCACGGCCAUGGUCAACAUUGAUCUUAAUAAUCCGUGUGUCGUGAUUGAGCAGGAUUCCCUGGACUCAGACUCGGAUUUGCCGGAUUCACCCGAUGGCUCAAUGACGAAGUUGCCAUUGACGGACUCCAGGGAGCAUUUGGCUGAAAUCAUCACAACCGUCUGACCUGGGUGUGCAUAAAAAAAAAACUACCUCUGUCACAGUCCAACAGAGGUAGACAUUGGUCAUUCAACCAUUUAAUCUCCAUCUCAUAGUCACAGGGUUUCUCAUGGUUAAUCACCAUAGAACUAGUUACUGGUUAAGACCCAUUUCUUGAAACCUUCCAUUUUACUCAUUAGAUUGUUAUUGUUUCUUUAUUGAUGUUUUUUAAAAUCAAAAUUUUUUUUCAAAUUUUAAGGCACUUAAUGUCUCAGCAUUUUCAUGUCACUAUAAAGUACAUUGACUGUUAAGGGUUUACCAUGACUUCUCAUGAAAACUGAUGGCUAGUUCUCAGUCAUGAUUCCUUUACAUAUUGACAAUUUGCCUAACCUCCUUCUACUGUCAGGUUAGUUGACGAGGUGAUUACUGUAGAGUUAUUAUCCACAUUUAACACCAUCUAAUACAUAAUUAUAUAUUUUUAAACAAAUAUUGCAUACCAAAACAGAGAAUGCAUCAGAUAAAAAAACAGCCAUAUUGUGUUUACCUUGUUUUCUUGAUUCUUUUGGCACAUUGUUGUGAUGGUACAGUUUUACACAUAUGUACAUGUGUGUGGAGAAAAUUAUUCUGUCACUUGGGAUAUAUUUUAUAUAUCAUAUGUGAACUAAAUAUCUUAAUGUCAUUUGCAAGAUAUGGAUCAUUGCAAAAUUUGUGGUUGCCUAUAAUUUAGGUUACCAAAAGAGGGUGAUGAUGUCGGUCAAAAGCAUUUGACUUUCAGCCUUGGCCAUUUUAGACAAUGUCAUCACAUACAAAGAGAAAUAGCCAUUCAGUGCAUCACUCCAUUUUGCAGGAGAAGUUAUUAGAUAAUUUGUAUAUCUUGAUAUGGUCCAGUGAUUUGUACUGUACCGAAACCUUAUCCAAUAAGGAAUUUUCAAUUAAGACAAUUUGAAACUUGUGACCUUGUGUAAAUAUAUAUAUGCAUUUAUGUACCCAUACCAUUUGUAUGUUAUCUUGGAGAUAUUGAAGCUUUCAUGCUUAUCUUGAGAUAAUUCUUUUCAGUAGGAGGUCUUCAAAAAUAUUUCCUUGAGAGAACAAAAUCACAUACGUACAUGUUUGUUCACCAUUCAAACAAACUUACUACAUACUAAUAACAAGAACAAUAUGGUUCAUCAUUCCCAAAUUCCCACCAUAAAAUCAAUGAAUUAUAUUAUUUUUAAUGCACCAGUGUAAAUGUGGACCACAAACUGAAAUUCACCCACCAAUGAAUGUCAACAAUCAGUAGCCAAUUUGUUGGCUGUUUGUCCGUCCCUCUGUACAUGUGUCUCUGUACGGCUAAAGACUGUGUGUUUAAUUCUAGGACGCAAUGAAUUUUGUUAUCUGCCAGAAACAAACCCACAUCACAUUCAGUUGCAGUUUAAGGUUUCAAACAUCUAUAUGUAUGAUUUCUUAGGGUGGACAUUAUGAUGCUACAGAAGUUUGAAUUAAGAAUUAAUUGGUAGCUGCUGUCAGAAAGAAGUGUGGGAUUUCUGCAUAUAUCCCACAGAAACAUUUAUUUAUUGUGACUUUGAUUGGUAGAUGAAAGAUAAAACAGUUAAAAAGAACAUCCUUUAUCUACAGCUACAUGUAUAUCUAGUUUGAUGGGAAGUAUCAAAUUCCACUUUGUGGAUUUAGCAUCCACCCACUCCCAUCUCGAUGAGAAUUUGCAGAAAUUAUAAAUGUUUCUGUAUAGAGAAGAUGAUACUAGCGCUGUGAUAAAUUUUGUACAUUAGUUGUGCCAAUAGACUGACUAUUUAGACUUUCUUUCUACUGGUAGUAACCGUGUAAAGAGUCUUCACUCGUAUGACCCUUUGUUUCUCAUUAGCUUAAUUAUAAGCUUUGGCCUGGGAAGAGUUUUUCCCAGAUUGGACAUAUUUCGCUUAUAUAUCUA